AUGGAGUACCAAAGAAUCUUUAAACAAAGCCUCAAGGAAAGCCGUACAUUAAAUGAUACAACUUUCCUCAUGGAGGAGCUUACAACUACAGACGAGGUUCAUGGGAAAGAAUGGUCUGAAAAUGCCGACCUUUACUAUGAUAAGUAUGGCAUAGCACCAGAUGGUGGCUGCGUUGUUGUAUAUCAUGAUCGCUUUGCCGGCGAUGAUGUCAAGAAAUUGCAUAUUUAUGAUUCUUAUCUCAAUUUAAUUAAAAUCAUCGAAUUGAAGCAAGACGGAAACCCACAAAAAAUCUUUGUUACACAAGAAGAAUGUAUUGUUGUCGUUUUUGGUAACGGCACAGUAGCAACUUAUAACAUGAGAGGUGUUUGCUUAUCACAGAAUGUCGAAUACGAAUGCGGCUCAAUCGAUGUAUCAUUCGCGGCAUUCUGGUCUCACGGCGUUUACGUUGUUUCAUCAAACCGAUCAGUCUACGUGUACGAUGACUUUGUUUCUCUCAAGCCAAAAUUAUUCUGCAAGUGGGCAGGCAAUACAUUGAUGGGUGGUGUUGCUGUUCCAGCUAACCCAGUUACAGGCGUCAUGGGCCACCUCUGGGCUUAUGAUUCCGAUGGACAACUCGCUUUAAUUCAAGAAAAUGAUUACGAGUUCCAAGACUUUUACUCCGCUGAUAUCGGACCGAUCAAAGGCAUUACAUUCUCACCAGAUUACGAUAUUGCUUGCGUAUACACCGAGUCUCACUACUUGUUCUGCGAACCAGAUAUGUCAAAAGUCAUCUUACACAACGAAUACGAUGAAGUCGAGCCAAAAUCAGUAGUCUGGUGCGGCUCAGAUACAGUCCUCCUCAUGUGCAACAAGUUCAUUGUCAUGACUGGUGCUUGUUCUGAAGCUAUCAGAUGGGAUUACACAUCAUCUGUUGGUGCUGUCUCUGAAAUUGAUGGCGCACGUGUAUUUACAACAAACAAUGUCUUCCUUCUCCGCUCAAUUCCACCUGUUCCUCAUGAUUUUGCAUUAUGGAAUACAAAAUGCCCAGCUGUCCAUCUUUUCAUCGAAAUUUUGGAUGAAGAGCAGCUCGCCAUCCAUGAUGCCAUCGAUGAGUUCAACAUGGAUCAACUCACUGAAGCUAUUAAUGGCUUAUACGACGCUGCCAUCUUCUUUACUAAGUUUGAGCAGCGAUCACCACUUCUCACAGCUAUCUCUCGCGCUAUCAAUAUGACAAAGGAGCCAAAGGAAGAUGGUUCUGAAGAUGAUGAAAAAUUGAUUCGAAUCAGAGACUUCGAAGGCUUCGCCGAUAGACUCCAAACACUCAGAUGCAUUCAAACAGUCUCACGCGAUCCAUACAAUAUACCAAUGUCCUAUCAACAAUUCACACAUGUCACAUCUCCAGUUUUACUCAAGAGAAUCUGCAACAGGUCAUUACAUAUCGAAGCAUUUCGCAUCGCUUACUACCUUCGCGUUUCUACAGAGCUCAUUGCUGCUCACUGGGCAAAUUGCCUUGUAAAUACCAAACUCGAUAUCGAAGAUAUCACAAAGAGACUAGCAGCAAUGACCGAGCCAAUCGAUUAUAUCGACCUUGCAACUACCGCUUUCAACAUUGGAAACAAACCACUCGCUGUGGCCCUACUUGCCGCUAACCCAGCAAAGGCCAGAGGUGUUCCAUUGUUGAUAGAUAGAGGCCAAUGGGAUGAAGCUCUCAACGCAGCUAUCGAUUCCAGCGAUACUUCUUUGAUUGUAUUCGCAUUGAACAAAGCUCGCGACGAAGAGCAAGAUGACCCAUUAGAAGCCAUUCUCAAGUCAUCAGAGAUCGCUCGUGGUACAUUCCUUUGCGUUGCCGAUGACGAAAUUCGCGAAGAAAUUUACGAAAUUUGCGGUGACCCACCGUUCGUCAAACUCCAGAAGGCUACUUACAACGAGGAUGCCAAGGAAGCAGAACUCUACAGGAAAGAAGUCAGAGAUGCAAAGGAUCAGCUCCAUCUCGAAACUUACAACUUCUACAAGAACCUGUUCAAGCACAAGAAGGACCUCGAAGCCAAUGGUUACGAGUGCAAAGAAGGCGAGCCACAAACAGUUUUCGCCACAAUUGACAAAAUGCUCGAAAAGAACGCCAUCAAAGACGCAUAUUCCAUCAGCAAACUCAUGGGCAUGGACAAAGAAGACUUAGCGUUCAGAUGGCUUCGCAUUGGCGUCAAAUUGGACAAUCUCGAUAUCAUCCAAAAGAUCUACAAAGAAUACAAGCCAGAUUUCGUCAAAGAGCAGCUUAUUCCAUUCUGCGAGAAGAAGCUCAAGCACGCCGACGGUGUCAAAGUCCUCAUGGGCCAAGAUCCAUUAGUUGUGAGACCUCCUCCAGAAGAAGAAGAAAACAAGAAGAAGAAAGGCAGGAGAUCUCGCAAGAAAGAAGAGGAAGAGAGGAAGAAGAAGGAGGCAGAGGAAGCAGCCAAGAAGGAGGCCGAAGGAGAGAAGAAAGAAGGAGAAGAAGGAGCUGAAGGAGAAAAGAAGGAAGGUGAAGAAGGAGAAAAGAAAGAAGGUGAAGGUGAAGAGAAGAAAGAUGAAGCUCCUAAAGAAGAAGCAAAGGAAGAGGCUCCUAAAGAAGAAGCGCCAAAGGAGGAAGCAAAGGAAGAAGCACCUAAGGAAGAAGAAAAGAAGGAAUAA